AUGAACCGAUUCAUUCUCCUGGCAGUGCUUGCCGUCGUCGCCGUCAACUCGGCCAAACUCUCAAGACAAAUCGAGUCGGCUAUUGAGAAAUGGGACGACUACAAGGAGGAUUUCGAUAAGGAGUACACGGAGAGCGAGGAGCAAACUUAUAUGGAGGCUUUCGUCAAGAACGUCAUCCACAUUGAGAACCACAACCGUGAUCAUAGACUUGGCAGAAAAACCUUCGAGAUGGGAUUGAAUCAUAUUGCUGAUUUGCCAUUCUCCCAAUACCGCAAGCUCAACGGAUACAGGCGCCUUUUUGGAGAUUCUAGAAUCAAGAAUUCUUCCUCUUUCUUGGCUCCAUUCAAUGUUCAGGUCCCAGAUGAGGUUGACUGGCGUGAUACCCACCUCGUCACCGACGUCAAGAACCAAGGAAUGUGCGGAUCUUGCUGGGCAUUCUCCGCCACUGGAGCUCUCGAAGGUCAGCACGCCCGCAAGCUUGGACAACUCGUCUCCCUUUCCGAGCAAAACCUUGUCGACUGCUCGACCAAGUACGGUAACCACGGAUGCAACGGAGGACUCAUGGACCAGGCUUUCGAGUACAUUCGUGAUAACCAUGGUGUUGAUACCGAGGAGUCUUACCCAUACAAGGGACGUGACAUGAAGUGUCAUUUCAAUAAGAAGACUGUUGGAGCUGACGACAAGGGAUACGUUGACACUCCAGAAGGAGAUGAGGAGCAACUUAAGAUCGCUGUCGCCACCCAAGGACCAAUCUCCAUUGCUAUUGAUGCCGGACACCGAAGCUUCCAAUUGUACAAGAAGGGAGUCUACUACGACGAGGAGUGCUCAUCUGAGGAGCUCGACCACGGAGUGUUGCUCGUCGGAUACGGUACCGACCCAGAGCACGGAGACUAUUGGCUCGUCAAGAACUCAUGGGGAACCGGAUGGGGAGAGAAGGGAUACAUCCGUAUUGCCCGUAACCGCAACAACCACUGUGGAGUCGCCACCAAGGCUAGCUAUCCAUUGGUUUAA